AUGAGUCACCCUAAGCCUCAACCUAGUUCCUGGCUUCCCACCACUCAAGGCCGACUGCUCUUAGGUAAGUCUACCUAACUCCCUUGACUUUCAUCCUAGACCUGGUUUCCUACCUUUCGAUUCUUAUGGGUGCCUUCUCUCCCCCGCUAGUCUCUACCUCCGUCCUAGACUCCUUCCUCCCCAAGUCAACUACAAACAAGCCUAUUACUGUUCUAAAUCUCUUCGUAUUCCAAUGUCCGAAAACUAUAUCCUAA